AAUAGUUUAAAUUAAAGAAUGUAUCAAGAAAGAGGCCCACGGCCAAUAACCAGAGCUAGCAUUAAUAGUAGAAGCCAGAUGCGAACGAAAAAGGACUGGGAUGACAGGUUCUCUAUUGAGAGAAUGCCCCAGUAUAAUGCCCUAAGGGAUAAACAUUGCCAAGCUUACGUGAAUAUGAUCAAGAAGAAGUUCAAGAAACCCAAAAGAAUUCAAGGACAAACGGAACUAGCCCCUGGAAGGAUUAGGAAACGGAAAAUUCGUAAAACAGUAGAAGCAGGUGAAGAAAGAAGUGUCAGCAGGAGGAUCUCUAAAAGACCUCCUAAAGCAGGCCUCAGAAUUAAUAGAGCAACUAUUACUGAGGAGAUGGUUAAAAAUUUAGAAGAGGAUCUUCAUAAAUCCUGGGCUGAUUACAACAUUCCGCAGUAUCAUUCUGAAGUGUUUACUAAGUAUCUCAAGCUUCUGCAAAUGGAUUCUGCAGCAGCAAUGAUGGCAAAGGAAAUUGAGGAUCUCAAGAAAAAUAAGGCACCAAUCCAAAAAGUCUCUAUUGCAAUUAUAGCUAGAGAGAAUUGUCUCGAUGAAGUAAAACAAUUUGGAGAUCAUGGUAUUGAAGUUUUAGAAUCUUAUAUCACAAAAUGUACUCAUAAGCUACAUAGUCUCAGAAUGUUAUCUCUCAACGCUGUUGAGUGAAUUGUAAUCUGGAGAGAGCAGAUGCUGUAUGCAUAUAAUCAAUGUACUCCAAUGAACAAAAAUAAUCCUUCUCCUAAUAUUGCAUACCUUUGGGAUGGAACUAAUUACUUGGUGAAGAUGAAGUCAGAUACUGAUUUCCUCAGCGAGCAUGUUCUAUCAAAGUACUUUAAUUUCUCUGACAAGAAUGAUCCAUUCCUAGUUAUCCCAUCUGUAGCUCAUGCAGGUGUUGGUUUGAAGGGAUUAAAGAAAGGAAGAGCAAAGAAGCAGUUAAAACAUAAAUCAACGAGUGACAAAUUUGAAGUUCCUCUCGACAAUUCUUUAAUGCAAAGGAUCAAAGCAAGUGAAGUUAUCUUAGAAAAGGAAGUAAAAGAUACUGAAAGCGAGGCUGCCAGUCCGAUGAGUUCAAAGAAGCAAAUUUCUCCAUCAAAAGACAUUGAAAUGGAACCUGAAAACGCUGAGAACACAAAUCCAAACCAGAAGAAAGAAGGACAAAAGACCACUUCCGUACCUGCGCGGCAGAAUUUGUUUGAAAUUCGAAAACAGAAGAAAACUGAAACUGCUCCUUCUGCCCCUCAACCGCCUGCUAAUCCACCUACCGCCUCUGAACAGGCACUCACUACUGAAGACUCCAAGUUCGACUACGAACUUAUCCCCCUCGAUCUCUCCUCUUCUGCUGCUGCCUCCUUCCUACAGGACUACACACGCAAGAUAGACCCCAAAUUCAACGUGACUUACAAUACGCCUGAGUACAUUCUUGAGGAAUGUUUCAAAGGCAACAAUGCUCAGUGCUACAAGAUUAAUAAUAAAGAGACCUCAGAAGAAAUUGACGGAAUCCUUCUCUACAGUGGAGACUCACAUUUUGACCGAAUCAACCUGCACCAUAUCUCUACAGUUAAUAAGAAAGGAUUUGAACUGGCCAUGAAAGUGGUCAUUGAUCAUAUUUGGACUCAUGAGACUGUUAAAGAGAUCAGAAUUGGCCUCCAUCAUUAUGAUGAGGAAAAGAAUGGUAAAACCGUCAAAACAGUAGACCCUGAAAUGAAAGAAGCUAUGAAAAAGAAUAAGCUCAAGUGGAAGAAUAUCCUCAAUGUUAAAAAUGACAGAAUCCUUGUCAUGGGAUCUGUCAGGGAUAAAGCAGAUAUUACUAGGAAUGAACUUGAAGAUAUGCUAUCAGUAAAAUCGGCACUUUGUUAUUCAGUCUCGAAAGAGACUGUGAGACCUCAAAGUGCCAAGAGUAAUAGCUCAUUAUUUUUCAUUCCAAGUCUUUGACUGUCAAGCUUAAUAAAAUCAAAAAUAAAUACGAAUGAUGAGGAUCUUCCUAUUCACCAUAAGAGUUUGGUCGGAAUUUUGAAUAAGGUGAAGGAAAACAGAAUAGAUGCUUUUCCUAACACAGCAUGUAAUAAAGAUGCAGACGUUAUUAAAGCCAUUGAGCCUGCUAUAGCAAAUGAUAUCAAACUAGACCAACGGAUGAUUAAAGCUUCCCAAAAUGAAUACCAUUGAAAUGCCACCAAGGUUGAGGGAAAACUUCUCAGCAUUGAUUAUUGAACUUACUCUGUAACAUCUAAAAUCUACGCAUAUCUAAGGAUCAAAACUAAAGACAUGAUGUGCGUAAAGGCUCCAAAUAUUGACAGUGAAAUAUUCUUCAUGCCUGUUGGGAACAAAAGCGAGUUCGGAUUACUUGUCUUCAAAAGACCAUCAGAUAUUCAUUUCUCAACAUCAAUUGAGCUCUAUGAGUACUGAAAAGAUAUUACUUCUUCGAUGAGUGAAUCAGAAACUAAGUUCACCAGUGGGCUAUACCUUCCUUGAUUCAAGAAGGUGAUCCAGAACGAAAAAUUAGACUUCAUGCAUGGAUUAGAAGUAGAUGAAGAGGAGAAAACCUUGAUUUCAGAUACUGUCUUCAACUCAGAAGUGACUAUCCAAGGAAAGGUGCCAAAAAGGGCUGCCCUAAAGUUCAAACCUGAUGAUAACUCCUACAUAAUCCAAGAUGAUUAUAUCUUGGUUCUGACUCAUCCAUCUCUCGAAGAGGAUGCUAAAGUCCCGUUCAUCUGUGGAAUAGUAACUCAGGAUGACUGGAUUACUGCCUAAAAAGGCUUAAACUAUGAUAAAAUUUGAAAUCCUUACAUCUAAUAAU